ACGUUAGGCAUGUAACGUUUCAAAUUAUUGUUCCUACUUUCAACCGUGCAUUUUAGUAAAGUGGUAAUCAGUUUUUUUGUGAUAAUUGAUAUAAGGUAUGUCUGCUCAUUGGUAAGUUAUGUUGUAUGAUGUAAUGUUAAAUCUUCAGCAAUACUCUAAUUGUUUUGUUAUAGAUUUUAAAGGAACUUCAAAUUAAUUUUAUGGAAAGCUUUUGAGAAGAAUGUUAAUGAAAGCGAAAUUAGUGGAAAAUCCUGCAUUAAUACAUGCAAAGACCAACAAUUUUUUUAAACUCUAUCAAUUUGUUAAACACUUUUCCUAUGAUUAGUUUACUAACGCUAAAUUAGUAACGGAGAUAAUGUAAUAAUUAAUGAGGUAAAUAAAAACCGAUGUCCACGGUUUCCUAUAAAAAGAGUAUUGCGGAAAAUUCCUCAAUGAUUAACAUUACAAGCAAACUAUGGAAUUAUACUUGUUUCGUUACCAUGUUAAAUUACCCCAAGGCAAAGAUAGCCCAUAUUUUAUAAGAAAAUACUUAAGCAAAUAAUCUAUUGGCUUCUUGACAUUUCACCUUUUGGGACAAUGUUAGGUAUCUCAACGCGAUUAUUUUAUACUAAAUUAAUAAAUAAUUAAGAAACAUGUUUUUUCGCAUGCCAACAAAUGGUUCUAAUUAAAACAAUUGAUAAGGGUGGGAUGCAGAGUAACUCAUCACUGUUUCUGAUAAUAUUUGUAUAUAAAUACGAACCCAAAAGUCUCGAAUAGGCAUCAGUCGCAUUCGGCUAAGUAUCCUAGUUCUUGACUAAACGAAGAGCUAUGAAGUCGAUUUUCCUGCUCGCCCUUGUGGGCUUUGUAGCUUCCAUUCCAUUGGAAACAAGCCCUAUUCUCUACAACUCGAAAUUGCGCAGCUAUGGAUAUCAAGGUAACAGUUUUGUUGUUCCGGAAUACAUAGCUUAUCAAUUCAGCCAGGCCCAAAAAGCUGGCUACACUCCUGCUCAGGUGGUCGCUUAUCUGUUGGAACGGGGCUAUCCCGAGUAUGUUGCUCACUAUCUUGCAGAGCAGUAUGAAGCUGGUUUAUCCAAGCCUUACUUCCAAUCGCCCUAUGAGAUUUUCCGUUACUUCUACAAGCAAGGAAUCAAUGAUAAUGUUCGGGAAUACAUCAAUCAACAAAUCUCGCAAGUUUAUCAACAAUCUCAAAUUGGUAUCAAUGGACAACAGAUUUAUGGCCAGAAAUUCCUGAAUGUGCCAGUACCGUUCUCCCAGUACGUUGUGCAGCAACGCAACUACUUCAACCAAUACGAAAAGAUUUUCUCUGGUGCGAAGUCCGCCUAUCAACUUUUGCAACUAGUUGAACAACAUGUCCAAAACGCCAUACAGAUAUUGUCGAACGGCUAUUACCAGCAAAGCGAACACCAGUAUAUUUACCAGAAAUUGGUUCAUGGACUUGGUUUCCUCAAAAACGGCAAAGAAGUAUACCAAACUUACCAAAACUACCAGGAAAAGUACAUUCCUUACUAUGUCGCCCAAUACUACGCCCAACAAGCCGCCUUGGUAUACAAGUAUUUGCAAGAAACUUACCAGUACAUUGAAGGAAAAGAAAUUUAUUUGCCUCAACAAUUUGUCCAAGAACUGCUAGUUGCCUACGAAGCUGCUCAAAAAGCCUACCAAGCAUACCAACCAAGCUUUUUCAGCAAAGUUUACCAAAUCGUCGUUGAUGAACCAUCAAAUCUAAAUCACGGUCAGACACCUUACAGCUCUUCCUAUUCUAACUAUGGACCAUACAGUUCUUCCUACCUGUACAGUUCUUAUGGGCCAUACAAGCAAUUUUACGGAUACUCGGGACUUUCCAGUUACCCACAAUACAGCCCUUCAUACCAAUAUGGGCCAUCUAGUUCAAAUUUCUAUAAUUUUGGCAAAUCUGGACCGUACACUGGAAGUUAUGGAUACCAAUUUGGUCCCUACCAGCAAAGUCAAUAUGGGCAACACAACCAAGGCUAUACUUGGCCUUAUUACGCUUCUAGCUAUUCAUACAAGCCCUAUGAUGAGAAAUACGGAUCUUCCAGCAAUUAUGCGCAAAUCAGCAGUUAUACCCCUUACGAAUAUGGAUCUUAUGUCCCAUCUAUUUACAAGGUUUGGGAUGGAGUUCAAUCUUAUGGGUAUCAGUACCCUCUUAAGAAUGGAUUUUCCAAUACUUACCCCCAGGUUGCCGCCAUUGCUGCCUAAGUGAAAAAGGACUCCGACCAUGCUCAAGAACUGUUAUUUAAAUGUAUUAAUGUUAACGUUGCCUCAAUAAAUGGUUAUAAUAUUGAA